UCAUAUAACUGCAUUCACAGGACUUUCAGAGGAACACAGUGACGGCGUGCCCUCGGAGACCGUCUAAGCCUAACGCACCGGGUGUAGGACAGACGUUCUGUCUGGCCACACAACCAGGACAAGUCCUGGCCCACGGACCUCAGCCAAACUGCAAUGCUUUAGCUCAGCCAGCCACACAGCAGAAAGAGGAGGCGCACCAGCCCAUGUGCUUAAAGCACUACUGGUCUCAGGACAUAGCAGAGCUUCCUCGACCAAUCCAGCAUCCAGGGAACCGAGGUUACGACAGUAACCGGAGACGUUUUCAGUGAGUCGGAGAAGAGAGUGACUGACAAGAAGCAAACGGGAAAGGUGUCCCCUCCGACACGAAGUCCCACUCCAAAGCACCGCCCUCAUCAGUGCAACACAACACAAUGGCCAGACACCUGGGUGUGGACACUUCCAUGCUCCGUAGAGCCAUCUGGAACUAUAUUCAGGGCAAGUUUGGGAUUCGGUAAGUCUCUUCACUGCUGACAGUUUCAGAAAUAUGUAGCAACAUUGAGUACGUUUAUUCAUUCUACAAGGAACCUUUUAAAAUGCUGAAGAUGUCUCAGAGACUUCCCCGGAGCCUUCACAUAAGCACAAGCGGGAGAUCAUUUGUUUAUGCAUCUCAACAGGUCCAAGGCCAGGUGAAUCAUUAAGAAAAGAAACACACUUCCACUUGUAUGUACGGAAUAAGAUAUGAUGACUACGGCUACAGUGGGGAAUAAUAAUCGAUACAGAUACAGAUCGUAAAAUAAUUUCUUGCAACUCUAUAAGAAGCAGAGCUCACAGACUUGUUUUUGUUUUCCAUUGGUUUAACGUACGCUUCUGGCAUGUGUGCGCUGAGAUGCUGGACCAGAGGAGGACAGACAUGCUGUACGGACGCGUAACCAGAUACCAAAGAUAUCCUGAUGUUGCUGAGUUAUAUGGACAUCAAUGUCAUAGCAGGGACACUGAAAUUGUACUUCAGGGAGCUACCAGAACCUCUUCUCACAGACCGACUGUACCCGGCCUUCAUGGAGGGCAUUGCUCUAUCAGAUCCUGCGGCAAAAGAAAACUGCAUGAUGCAUCUGUUGCGGUCACUACCAGACCCAAAUCUCAUCACAUUCCUCACUCUACUGGAACACCUGAAGAGGGUGGCAGAGAAGGAGCCGGUAAAUAAGAUGUCUCUGCAUAAUUUGGGCACAGUGUUUGGCCCCACUCUGCUGAGACCGUCAGAUUUGGAGAUCAGUAAACCCAACGUCACACUGGCUUCUGGUCAUGGCACAGGUUCAGGUAUUGCUGUACUACCUGCAGCAUCCACCCAUAUCCUUCGCUAAGCUGAAGAAGAACACACUCUAUUUCUCAACUGACGUCUAACUCCGACAACAGAGACUCCCUUCUUCUCAAACAUUUGUUUUUUUUUGUGUACAAAGCCAACGGUCCAACGGGGAGACAGAGCAAGCCUGUGGCCGCUCUCCCCUGCGUUUUUUGUCUCCAGUCAUGUUCAUGUGUAAAGGGAGCUUAAGCUUGGCUCCAGUGUGGAGAAGAACUGCAGCGAGAGGAGGACCAGGAUUCAGCAUCACCUUGAGCGAGCCCAGGAUUCAGCAUCACCUUAUACAAAUGUUGCACUUAUCACACAUGUGUCCUGCCAAACACAAACACACAUACUACCACUUCAAACACAUCAUGUACCGUCCCAUCUGAAGGUUGUGUCUCAGGAGGUUGGUUCGUCUGAGUUGCAGAUGCAUGCUGGGAUGUCUGCAUCCGUUGUGGCAUCUCCUCUGAAGCCCAGUUCAGUGAUCCCGCUGGUGGAAGUGAACUCGGCAUUUACGUGUUUAUAAAUAUUAUUUGUUUGUUUAGUUUAGUUUCAUAAGCUUUUGUGCAUGUGAUAUGAGGACACUGAGAUGUGUAUGUGUUUAUGUGAGAGAGAGAAGGAGCAAAUGCAUUUGUUCAAAAUAAAAUCUCAUGCUGCGAGCAUUUCCUUCUGGGCAAAAACAUUGAAAUCCCAGACCUUCCUUGUCCAAGUACAUCCAGGCCAAAAAUUGCCCUAUUUAUUAUGAAUAUAUACUGUUAAUUGUGCCUUUACAUUUCAGUACAAUUUGAGACUCCAAUUUUUUUUGUAUGCAAUUGUUUGGUCUAUUUGUUUUUUAUUCAUUUUAACUUCCUGUCAGUAUAGACUUGAUUAUACAGUAGAAGAGCGAAACUAACAGUUAAAUCGGCCAGCUUUUGGGACCAGUCAUGGUAUGCAAUGUAGUGAGAUUAUACUUGGAAAAAUGAAAAUGAUCUUGAUUUGGAGAAAAAUCAUCUCCUGACACCUUUGCAAAGUUGAAGUGUUUGGUGAUACUUCAGUUUACUCUGUAGAAAGAUCUGUGUAAUUGCCUUUUUUUCUUUCUUUUUUUUUUUACACGCAUGUUCAGCUUGUCAAAUGAAAAGUGGGCAGGAUAACAAAGGUUCAUGUAUUUUGAUUUUAUUUAAUUAUUAUUAUUAUUAUUAUUUUUACUCUGCUGAAGACCACUGGCAGAGCGGAGGGAAAAAUGAAACUUUUCUGCUAUAAAGCCAGUGACGUACUUCAUAAGCACUGUUAGAUUGCAGACUAUUUGAUAUUUUAAUAUAAAAGGAAAUUAAAAACUGUUGUAUUUUACUUCUGUUGGAAAGAUAUUGAGUAUAAUGUAUUAACAAGGGUAAAUGUUGAUGUGACCUUUUUUCUCCAUUUUUAGUCAAAUAAAUGUACAUUGAGCACAGCAAGUUUUUGUUUUAUUAAAAGGUCUACUUGAAGUCAAA